ACCACUACUACCACAACGACGACCCCCACAACGACGACCCCCACACCCAUUCACAUCACACCUUGUCCAUCGGAGUUCCCAUUCCCUGAUGUGUAUCCGAAAUACAUCUGGAACGAAACGAAACCGGGAAAGACUCGGAAACAGCCCUGCCCAGGUGAUAGCAGUGGAUCUCCAUUGGCCAGCUGGACCUGCGGGUCAGAUGGUCAUUGGGUCGGACUACCAGACCUCAGUGCGUGUAGUAAAGUGGACGUCAGUGAUUGGGAAGACGAGCUGAGCAACAACUCCACCAACAACACGGCUGGUGACACUCUGACCAACUUCGUCGCCAACACUACCUCUGUCACUCUGGAUCCAGGAGACGUCCCCAAGAUGCUCGACCUUCUGGGCGGUGCACAGGAUCGCCACAAGAAGGACAUUGAUGAACUGGAGGAUCCUGAACAAGUCCUUAACAUAACGAAGGUUUAUGCGGAUGCUGUUUCCCAGGUCACUAAUAAGCUUCUGAAGGAUACACAGGUAUGGUUUGGCUUACCUGAAGAGUUUCGUCACGGGAACAGCAGCCUCAUGCAGGAACAACUAGAGAUAGCCAACGUGGGCAUGGCUGUCCUGUUAAGCAAUGAGACCCAAAUCUUUGCGUAUGAUAAAGUAGGUGUGAGGGCUGAAAGGUUCGAUAGACAGCAUUACCAAGUACCUGAAAAUCGUGUCUUCACUCAUAUUGAUCACGACAAUAACAACAAGAUAGAACUGCCUGAAGGGUUUGCGACCUCUCUUCCUGAAGAUGAUCAAGUGGCCAUAACUUUUACCUCCUUCAAUAGCCUCCACUGUGUUCUCGGCCAAGGGAUCGUCUGUGAUCCAGUUGACCUGACGGAGAAGAUAGUGGUGAAGUACCCUUUGAGAGGGGUAGUCAAUAGUUACAUGAUGGGUCUGACUGUUGGCAACACCUCCUGGGUUCCACCUCCUAGCGUAGACAACAACACCGACGUCACCAUCACUUUUCAACAUCUCUUCUCAGGCGAACAGUACGAGUUGAACAGAAGCACCGCCGAGUGUGUUUGGUGGGAUGCAGAUAACAACUCCUGGUCAUCGUCGGGGUGUCGGUUCACCUACUUUAACUUAACCUUCAGCAAGUGUUCAUGCAACCAUCUCACUAACUUCGCCAUCAUCAUGGACAUCAAUGGUGUGGUGAACCCAGAUGAUGUCCUGCUGGGGUGGAUUACCUGUUUAGGCUGUUCUCUAUCGCUGGUGUGUCUGGCCGUGGCAAUCGUCACACUUAUAACACACAAACUGAAGUGCCAACGUUCAGCCUCUGCUAAAACAACCCGCAUCAUCCGUGUCAACAUCUGCGCCUGUCUCUUCGUGUCCGAGGUGGUGCUACUGGCGGGGCUGGACAAGACGGAGAAUGAGGCCGGAUGCGCCGUGGUGGCUGGGUUCCUCCACUACUUCCUCCUCGCUUACUUCUUCUGGAUGGGUGUGGAGGGCGUCAAUGUCUACUUCCUCUUAGUGCGGGUGUUCCAGACAUCGAGGUCACCCCUACGGUAUUACUUGGCGUCGGGGUACGGCCUCCCUGCGUUGAUUGUGGCUAUAUCAGCAGGUGUGAGGUACAAUGGCUACGGUACCAAGACUUUCUGUUGGCUAGACCCCAACUACCAUGGCCUUAUCUGGGCAUUCUCAGGACCUGCUCUAUGUAUCCUGCUGGUAAACGUGGUCAUGUUCACGCUGGGGAUGAGAGUAUUGUUGCGGCAGCGUCCUGGUGAGCCUAGCAGAAACAAAAAGGAGGCGAGGCAAAGGAAGAAGCAGCUGUUGAAAAGCUCUUUCACCUUGGCCACCCUGAUGGGCCUCACCUGGCUCACUGGUUACCUCUAUGUCUCUAAAGGUAGUGAGGCGCUGGAGGUGCUGUUUACCUUGGUGGCGUCGCUUCAGGGAGUGGUGCUGUUCCUGGUGCUGGUGAUUCUGCCGCCCCUCCCACGAGCCCACUUAGUCUCCCUCGCUACCUGUGAAGUCUUGAAGGAAACUCAACGCCGAAAGAAGAGUUUGGCCACGGGAUUCACCAUGGACUACAGCUCGGAGAGUAUCCCUAUUAACCCUCGAGGCUCUUCCGAAUUGGACAUAUCUGUGGCUCGAGAUAUACAGGACCGCCAGGUGAUCCAGAACCCACCUAGCUGUGGUGGUGAGGACCAGCAGAUCAUCUUUACCGUGAAGGUGCCCAUCACCCCUCGAGGUUCUUCCGAGUUGGAUAUUCAUGUGGCCAGGGACUGUAAGAACAAUAAGUCCAGCGAUCGCCAGGGCGGGCAGUACCGUAUAGAGUCCAGUGAUCGCCAGGACAGGCAGUACCUCAGAUAAC